AAAGUUGCUGAACGUGCUUCUAAUGGACGCUGCUGGUUAAAGUCAGCGGACGUGAUUUUAAAAUAUCUUCUCGUUGUUCUCGAUGAUCAGGUUCUGUCAUCGGAGAAUGAAAACAACCCAAACGGUCAACAGAGAACGGGCGUGUUUGUUUAUCGUAGUUUCUGUAAUGCAAGUGUUGUUUAUCAGUGUGAAAUCAACAGAUGAUCUGUCCGAAAUGUGUCGAGUGUGUUGUCAACAUGACACAUGUGUGACGAGGCAAAUCUGGAAAACUAACUUAGCGUCUUCAAAGUCGAACAACGUGUUGUGUAUUUUUUCUCUUCUGUCAGAUGGCUGCGUGCUUUGUAGGUGCUGUGUCAGUCGAAGGAGUACAUAAAGUUCCCUGUGUAACUAUGACAACUCUGGCAUAUUAUAAUAGUGAUAAAUAAUAAUAAUAAAACUAUUUAUAUUUUUUGGUAUUUUCACAAACAAUGUGGUGUGGUGAUUCAGGCAAUUAUGGACGCUUCAUGAAACAUCAUCAUUAAAACUAAAGUGCAAUUUAUGUCAGGAUCAUCUUCAGACUAAAUAUAAAUGUGAAAGAAAUGCCACCACGGGAAUCGAUCAGCUGUGGGUCCACAUAAAAACAAUCAUUGUGUCAUUGCCACUGUCCACUGCGCCACUGAUCAGGGUGGUGGUUCAAUUCACCUCUAUCUUUAACUAACUGUGACGCCUGUGCACAUCUUACCAUGAGUUACUGUUUCAGGGAACACCCCCAGGUUAACUUGUGACAGUCACAAUUUAACCGUAAAGUCGGAGUUAUCGGUAUGGUUGUUUAACCAUUUAAAUUUAUAUUGCUGUCUCAACGUGAUGCUGACACGGACACAUGAACUCGGUAGGGGUUUUUGUAGGAUUUUUAUUUCAAGGAGACCUUCAGUAGAUCACCGCACUCCACACACAGGCGCUUUGUGAAAAUGACGAAUCUGCCACCGGCUCUGAAAACGACCGUCAACAUCUGGAAAAAGAUAUCGAUGAAGAGUGGAGUCUGAAUAUUUUGAAAAACAACAAUCACGUGAACAAACCCCCACCUCUGAACACGUUAGAAGUUUGGUGAAAACUCUUGAUGUCUCCCUCUUUUUGGGAUUUAAAAAUCAUCUCCAGACGGAUCUCAGUGAUGAUGACUUCAGCUCAAGAAAACUGCCAGCCUGACGUUCAACAUGAAUUUGAGAAGUAAUCAUUUGGAGGCUGCAUCUCUGUUGAUAUUUUUGGUCAAAGUCUUCAGUGGGAAAACGCUGAGUUGUCAUCAAACUGAGUACCUGAUAGGGAAAGAAUGCUGUCCUCUUUGUCCAUCUGGAAAUCGUGUUAAAACACACUGCACAGAGUCCAGGAGCACUUCCUGUUUGCCCUGUGUGAAUGACACCUUCAUGAAUCUUCCCACUGGACUUAACAAGUGUUUCCCCUGCACAACCUGUGGUCCAGAUUCUGGUCUGAAGACAAACACUUCAUGCACAGCAACAACAGAUUCAGUUUGUGAACCUCUGGAAGGAUUCUACUGCAUAGACCCCACAGGGAACCACUGUGCAGCAGCACAGAAACACAAACAAUGUCAACCAGGGCAGUACAUCAAACACAGAGUUUGUGUUUGUACAGGAACACCCCUCACAGACUCUCAAUGCUCUGAGUGCAGUGAUGGAACAUUUUCUGAUGGGACGCGUACGUCUUGUCAACCACACACACAAUAUGAAUCACAAAACCCAGAGCUGAUUCAACCAGGAACAGCUUCAACUGACGCUGAAUGUGGAAAUUCCAGUUCAACUUCCAGAGCAAGAAUCAUCGUUCCACUGGUUGUUUUGGGUGCUUUGGUGGCUGCAGUCGCCUUGUUUUCCUGGAACAGAUAUCGUUCAGGAAAAAUAACAGUUGCAUCCAUUUCAACAACAGAAAAGGAAAACGCAUCUGAAAGAGAAACUGAGAUGAUGACGGGGUGAAAAGCAUCGGCUAAAGAGAUAAACCUACAAGAACAAGUAAACUGUUUGUUCACUGCUGUUGGGACAUGGCUUUUGUGAAACCAAAAGCUUCCUCUUCGGCCUACAUGGGGAGUCAAAGGCCUUAAACCGCAUGUUCCUUCGUUUCAGAGAAAACCAGAAGCAAAGGAACUCCCAGGAUCCCAGGAUGCCUGAACUUCACACAGAGGUGUGAAAACCAACAGGAGACAAAACUUUCAUCUCCUAUUGGUCACUCUGGGCCCCAUUACCUGUGGGGAUUACCGGGACCAUAUAAGGCCAGGUCUCCCCCUCUUCUAGCUCAAGAAGAAUGGACAAACAUUUCCAUCUCUAGAUGUGCAAAGCUGGUAGAGACAUACCCCAAAAGACAUGCAGCUUUAAUUGCAGCUAAAGAGGGUUCUCCCAGGUAUUGACUCAGGAGGGGUGAAUACUUAUGCACCCAACUUUUUUGUUAGACUCACAAUUAAAGGUGCUUUGCACCUUCAAAAUAAUAUGCAUAUUGUCUUGAUCAAAUGGGAAAAAGUCUGUUAAAGUCUAUUUGAAUUUCAGUUUGUAACAGUACAAAAUGGGAAAAAGGCCAAGUGGGGUGAAUACUUGUGCAAAGCACUGUACAUUUGUUUUUCAGAAGCGAAACAUUUUCCAAACCACUGGUUUGGUUUUUAACAAUGUGUUUUAACAGCUUGUUAUAUUAUCUGUUGUUUAAAAUAUGUCAAAUAAAUAUAAUGGCGAAUUAAGUACAAUAAUUAUAUAUAUCAGAGUAUAUGUAUGAAGUAAAAAAGUUGGAAUACAAAAGUACAAGUGCUAACAUGAUGUCAAAUAGAAAAUAAAUAUUUGUGACAUUG